GGCAAGAUAUCCAUGGAACCUUGGAGAAUCCCAUGGUGGAUACAAGUAUGUUGGAAGAAUUCAUCAGUAGUGACGUAGAGUUUGGAACUUUGCAAAGCCAGUUGCCAGAAUCCCCGCCAGACUCUGGAUCUGAACCAUGUUCUCCACCACAGCUCCAGACAACUGUUAAGGACUGUGCUGCUGAAGUGCAAGAAUAUGACAGUGAUGGACAGAAUGCAGCUUUAGAAAAAUGCAGUCAAGCUCUAACAUGGAAACCUUAUCAAACUUCUCAGUGGAACAGCUUAUUUAACUCUAAUUAUGAAAAACUACCUGCUGUAGGAUAUCAUAUUGUCACAGAUAAAGGAUUUAAUUUUUCAACAACAGAUGAUGCCUUUGUGUGCCAGAAGAAGAAUCAUUUCCAAAUCACAGUCCAUAUUAGAAUCACUGGACAUCCAAAAUACGUCAAAACUCAGCUGGGGGGGAAACCAAUAGAAAAGUUUUACUUGAAAGCUUUUGGAAUAAAGGUGGAAGCUCCAAAUCAAACAAUUGCUAUCGAACAGUCUCAGUCAGAUCGAAGCAAAAAAACUUUCCAUCCUGUUAAAGUUGAUCUGCCAGGGGACCAGAUAACUAAAGUAACACUGGGAAGGUUGCAUUUCAGUGAAACAACAGCAAAUAAUAUGAGAAAAAAGGGGAAACCUAAUCCUGACCAAAGGUACUUCAUGCUGGUGGUUGGACUGUAUGCUGUCUCUCAGGACCAGUUCUACCUAUUGUCUGCAAAUGUCUCUGAAAAGAUCAUUGUGAGGGCAUCUAACCCAGGGCAGUUUGAGAAUGACAGUGAUAUACUGUGGCAGCGAGGACAUGUUCCAGAGACUAUAUUCUAUCAUGGUCGAGUAGGAAUUAACACAGAUGCGCCAGAUGAAGCACUGGUUGUCUGCGGAAAUGCAAAAGUUAUGGGCAGAGUCAUGCACCCAUCUGACAGCCGAGCAAAACAGAAUAUCCAGGAGGUCGAUACGAAUGAGCAGUUGAGAAGAAUAACACAAAUGAGGCUGGUGGAGUAUGACUACAAGCCUGAAUUUGCAUCUGUUAUGGGAAUAAAAAAUAUCCAUGAAACAGGAAUAAUAGCCCAGGAAGUGAAGGAGCUUUUACCUCAAGCUGUUAGAGAAGUUGGAGAUGUUGCUUGUAAUGAUGGAGAAAAAAUAGAAAACUUCCUCAUGGUUGACAAGGAUCAGAUCUUUAUGGAGAAUGUUGGUGCUGUAAAGCAGCUUUGUAAGCUAACCAACAAUCUUGAAGUCAGGAUAGAAGAAUUGGAACAGUGGAAUAGGAAACUGGCCAGGCUGAAAAGGAUGAGCAGUUUAAAGUCUACGGUCAGUGAAGAGAGCAAAGUCAGCAGGUAUAGUCGAGCUACUAGUCUUUUGCCAUCAAAAAAAUCAGUUCUGCUAAAAUCCAGCAAGGUUUGUUUGUCAAAGAAGAAAGACUCUUGCUCCAUGAAGAUUUUCUGGGUGACUGUAAUAGCUUUGGUUGCUAUUAUGACACUAUGCAGUACCUCAAGUUCUGUUGUACUCUCUCCUACCACUACAGCAGCAUUGCCGGGGGAAAGCACAAUUUCUCAGAGCACACAACCUAUCAGCAAGAUCCCUGAAGUGAAUUUUUGUGACAUUUUGCCUUGUGACAAGGUCUAUUGCUGUCCAAUUCAUCAACCAAAAGUCAAAUCUCUAAGUUAUGAGGAAACCAAUGCAAAGGAGAAACGGAUUGAUACAACAAUCAGUUCCAUACAGAUUUUGGAAACUCAGCAAAGCAUUGACAAUCUCUAUUGUAGUAAAAAUCUACAGUGCGGGGCUGGAAAUUACAGCUGUAUUAUUCCUGUUAACAAAUACACACCCAUAGAUGUAGAAAUCUCACUGGAAAUAAACACCACAGAAGCAUUAAUUGUAUUUCUCUGCAAAGUCACAUUUGGAAAUUAUUGCUCCCGUUAUUCUUCAAGCCAAAACAGUAGGAAGGAUUUCCUAAAAACCACACAGGGACAUCAGCAUAUUUGGAUUCUGCCUGUAGCUAGAUUGUAUGACAGCGCAUACUAUUUCCGUGUAGCUGCACCGGGUUUGGCAGAAUGCUCAACAGAUCCUUAUUUUGCUGGCAUGUUUUUUACCGAUUACUACUUCUAUUUUUAUCGGCAGUGUAACUAA